AUGAUAUCCCACCCUCCCCUCCCCCUCCCCAUCCCCACCUCACUCCGCAUCCCCUUAUGUCACCUCCCUAUCCCUCUCCCCACCUCCUUCCCCAACCCCCUCCCUUUCCCCCCAUUCCCCAUUACCCCUCCCCAUCCCCCAUCCCCCAUGCCUCCAUCAUCCCUCCCCCGAUUCGUUCCUAUAUCCUUUCACCCACCGUUCCCCCAUCUCCCCGUUCCCCAUCUCCCCGUCCCCCAUAUCCCCGUUCCCCGUCUCCCCGUUCCCCGUCUCCCCGUUCCCCGUCUCCCCGUCCCCCAUCUCCCCGUCCCCCAUAUCCCCGUCCCCCAUCUCCCCGUUCCCCAUCUCCCCGUUCCCCCAUCUCCUCGUUCCCCCAUCUCCCCGUCCCCCAUCUCCCCGUCCCCCAUCUCCCCGUCCCCCAUAUCCCCGUCCCCCAUCUCCCCGUUCCCCCUUCUCCCCGUCCCCCGUCUCCCCGUCCCCCAUCUCCCCGUCCCCCAUCUCCCCGUUCCCCCAUCUCCCCGUCCCCCAUCUCCCCGUUCCCCCAUCUCCCCGUCCCCCAUCUCCCCGUCCCCCAUAUCCCCGUUCCCCCAUCUCCCCGUUCCCCCAUCUCCCCGUCCCCCAUCUCCCCGUCCCCCAUCUCCCCGUUCCCCCAUCUCCCCGUCCCCCAUCUCCCCGUCCCCCAUCUCCCCGUCCCCCAUCUCCCCGUUCCCCCAUCUCCCCGUCCCCCAUCUCCCCGUCCCCCAUCUCCCCGUUCCCCCAUCUCCCCGUCCCCCAUCUCCCCGUUCCCCAUCUCCCCGUCCGCCAUCUCCCCGUCCCCCAUCUCCUGUGACCUGCACUAAACUUGAAUCUAGGAGUGGUCCUUUCACGCCACAUGCGGUAGCAGGUGGGGCUGCUCGCCUCUGCCUCCUUCCCUCCACCUCUCGCUCCCCCCUCCCCCCCUUUUCCUCCUUCCCCCGAUUCCCCCCCUCCCCCUUCCCCCGCAGUGAACCUGGCAGUGUCUCUCGCCCGUCACAUGCGCCUGCAGGUGGGGCUGUUGGACGCGGACGUGUUCGGCCCCUCACUGCCCAACCUGCUCGGCCUGCACUGUGCCACUCCCUCCCUUCACCCCUCCCUACCGCAGUGAACCUAGCAGUAGCCCUUUCACGACACAUGCGCCUGCAGGUGGGGCUGUUGGACGCGGACGUGUUCGGCCCCUCGCUGCCCAACCUGCUCGGCCUGCACACCGCCGGCCGCCCCCAGCUGGCGUCACCCUCCCCCAACGCGCGCAUGCUGCCACUGCAGGCGCACGGUGUGCUCUGCAUGUCCAUGGGCUUCCUCAUGCCUGCUGACGUGGCGGCCGUGUGGCGCGGGCCCAUGGUGAUGGCGGCGGUGGAGAAGCUUGUAAGGGGGACGGAGUGGGGGCGGCUGGACGUGCUCGUGGUGGACAUGCCGCCCGGCACGGGGGAUGUGCAGCUCAGCAUGAGCCAGAGGGUCCGCCUCUCAGGAGCGGUGGUGGUGUCGACACCGCAGGACCUCGCACUGGUGGAUGCGCGGCGGGGAGUGACCAUGUUCCGCCAGGUCAAUGUGCCGGUGUUGGGAGUGGUGGAGAACAUGAGUUACUUCACCUGCCCGGCCUGCUCCCACCGCUCCACCAUUUUCGGCCAUGGAGGGGCCAGGCAGGCUGCUGCUGACUUGGGGAUCGAGUUCCUUGCGGAGGUGCCUCUGCUGCCGUCCAUCCGCAGUCGCUCUGACAGCGGCCUCCCCGUUGCUCUCGGCGCAUCUGCCGCCGCUGCAAGCGGGAGAGAAGGCGGGGUGGCAGACAGUGGGGUGGCAGAAGGUGCGGCAGCUGUAGGCGGGGUGUCAGAAAGUGGGGGAGCAGCAGAGGAUGGGGCAGACGCAGGGAGCGGUGGGGCAGAGGCGGCAGUGGUGGCAACAUAUGAGCACAUGGCGAGGAGGGUGUGGGAGAAACUGGAGGAGCAAGCACAGGCGGAUGCUCGCACGCGGCCCCUUGUAUUCCCCCAUCUGCUCUCACCCCCUUUCCACCUACCCCUCCCCCUUCCUCCGAGUCCACUUCCGCUUCACCUACCCAACCCGCUUCUCCAGCAAGCCACCGCCAUUCCAUUCAAGCCUCUUUCCCCCUCCCCAGCCGCCGUGCCUGGCCUCAUCCCCUUCCUUCCACUACUUGCCCUCCUUGCUCAACCCCACCCUCCCCCUUCCCCCCCCCCCCCCUUCCCCCCCCCCCCCCUUUCUCUUCCCCCCGCAUGCUCCCUCUUUUUCCCCUCCCCUUCCCUCUCCGCUUCUCUUUCCCCUUCUCUUACCCUCCUCCCCCUCCCCCCGCUCUCGUGCACCCCCUCUCCAUGCCUCCCUGCACCCUCCUCCGUGCCCCCUGCGGCCCUGCCUCAUGCGCCACUUCAGAUUACCCUGGGGGGCGUAAUCUCCUGCACGUGCCACGGAUGCCAGCAGUGGAAGGAUUUCACAGCUGGCAGGCUGAGCUGGCCUGCCACGUGGCAAGCAGCCACUGGAGCAGGCGAGAAGGGGCGGAGAGAGAGUGAGGAGCAGCAGAAACAGCGAGAUUCUGAGCAGACGGAGGGCGGGUGUGCAGUGGAAGUGACGUCAGCAGGGCAAGUGAUGUCAGCUGUGGCAGUGGGAGUGGGAGGGCAGCGCGGUGGGCCGGGCGUGGCAGCAAGGGUGCACUACGAGGAUGAGCAGCAGCUCGAAGGUUGUGCGGUGCCGGGCGUGGCAGCAAGGGUGCACUACGAGGAUGAGCAGCAGCUCGAGGGUUGUGCGGUGCUGGGCGUGGCAGCAAGGGUGCACUACGAGGAUGAGCAGCAGCUCGAGGGUUGUGCGGUGCUGGGCGUGGCAGCAAGGGUGCACUACGAGGAUGAGCAGCAGCUCGAGGGUUGUGCGGCGCUGGGCGUGGCAGCAAGGGUGCACUACGAGGAUGAGCAGCAGCUCGAGGGUUGUGCGGUGCUGGGCGUGGCAGCAAGGGUGCACUACGAGGUGGUCACACAGGAGAUGCUGCUCGCCCUCGCUGCUUACAUCCGGGCUCACCAACACUUUCCCGCCUUCUUCUUAUGCUUCAUCUGGACCGUGCAGGGCACUACAGGUGCACGAAUGGACUUAAUUUCCUCACCGUGCUGGAG